AUGCAGCUCUUCCGUUCAGCCUUAGUUGUGUCGCUCUCGAUGUUUUCAGUCUCAGCCAGCGCCCUCAGUGGUGUAUACAGGUGCCCUGGUCACAAAGAUGACGUGGAAGCGAAAUAUGUGGAAGAGUAUAUCAACAGAAAUGUUAUUGAUACAGAGAAGGCAGAUUGGGCUCACUUCGAAGAGAAUGGCGUUCAAUAUCAAAAUCUCAUCUUGUUUGUGAUAGACCCUUUAACAGACCCUAAACAAGUUCUUAUUAUGGUGAAUAAAGAUAAAACCAUGGUAAAACUACGCAUCCAUCAUGGUAGAGAUUCAUGGCCUUGCAAGUAUAUUCCGGCAGAAGACACAAAGAAACUAAGUGGUAAGGACGUAAAAAGGAUUGUCUCACGAGUUGUGAGGAAAUGA